AUGUUUGUCUGUAGUGUGUGUAAAACAGAAUUUGGUCAUUUAACAAGUCUCAUAAAUUACAAGAAAGUUUACAAAAACUAUUGUCAGGUUGAGAAUGAUACUAACAAUAGUUCAAAUAAGAGCAAAAAUAUUUAUAGUUCUGAUGAGUCAGAGAUUAUAUAUGAACAAAAUAACAACCCAGACCUGAUAUCUAAUAUUCAAGAUGAAACUCAAGCUAUUGCUAAUGAAGCUCCCAAAUUUGA